CGGAACUAAGAUCUUAAUAUCAUAUUUAUCUAACUUAGUGACAUCGAUCACGAUCGCUUUAUAAAGGCAUUUUAAAUCGAAAAUUGCACAAACACAUUUCGUGAAGACGCGAAAAAUGUUGAAACUGAUUACUUUGUUGGCCUUUGCAUUUGCCGCUUGCAACGGAGAUGCCAUUCAAAACUUGGAGCGAUUUGGAAGUUUAAAUAAAUAUUAUUACUAUAGCAAUGCACAGAGAAAUUCGAUUACACUCACCGAAGACCACUUUCCCACUGGAAACGAUACUGCUGCGCGCUUUAACAAUAAUUGGGAUAUUGUCGUAAUAAUACACGGUCACAGUGGCACUGCUACGACGACGAUCAACCCUAUUGUUAAAGACGCAUUUUUAACAAGUGGCGAUUAUAACGUUAUCGUUGUGGAUUGGUCAUCAUUCAGUUUAUCAACAUAUUCAACGGCAGUGAUGGCUGUGACAGGUGUGGGAUCAAGUAUCGCUACUUUUUUGAAAAAUCUCAAAUUACCACUUAAUAAGGUGCACAUUGUUGGUUUCAAUCUUGGAGCUCAUGUUGCUGGAGUGACUGGAAGAAAUUUGGAAGGCAAAGUAGCAAGAAUUACGGGUCUAGACCCUUCGGCUCGUGAUUGGGAAAACAACGUACUACGACUGGGAACAAACGAUGCUCAAUACGUUGAAGUUAUUCACACCGACGGAUCUGGUGUCAACAAAAACGGCUUGGGCGUUGCUAUUGGACACAUUGACUUCUUUGUCAACGGCCGUCUUGUCCAACCGGGCUGCACGAAUAACUUAUGUAGCCACAACCGCGCUUAUGAAGUUUUUGCUGCAACAAUUACGCAUGGCAAACAUUACGGAAAUCAGUGCAGCACAGAAGCGGAGAUAACCGCAAAUAAUUGCCGAGGAUUUAUAGUUGAAAUGGGUACUGCCAAACUUGUAAAGCAUGGGUCUGGAAUGUUCCGAGUAAAUACCGGCAUGAGGUACCCAUUCCAUUUGUGAUGCCUACAAAACUUAAAACGAAGUUUUCUGUGAUGACCAAUAAAAUUAGUUUCUACAUUAACUAUUAUUUAUUAUUAUUAUUAUUAAAAUAAUAAAAAUAUACAAUGUUGAA